AAUAAGGAAGAUUAAACUCCUAAACCCUAACCUCCUUUUCUCUUCUCUCUCUCCCUACCGUACACUGUACGUAGGGUUUCUACCCCCUUCCCCUUUGUUUCUCUUCUCUCCCUCGUCGGCAGCAUCUAGUGAAGCCAGGAGGAGCCUAAAUCCUCCCCUUGAGUGAUACUAGGUCGUAUCAUUGGUGCUCUUGUUGAGUUUCUUGUUGCAUCAACAUGUCGAACGGUACCGUUAACACCGCUUUGUUCGAGGUAUUUCAGCAGCAAAUUGAGAGUCAGUUUUGUUCCCAAACUUCUGCUAUGCAACAACUCCAUCUCAUAGUUCAACAGGUCCAACGUGAUAUUUCGGGUUUGCUUGCACGGCGGAUAAAACCAGCGACGACUCGGGCAUGGGCGGCAAAGGGCGUGGGCCUGAAGCUUCUCACGAGGUAAUCCCAUCUCUAAGCUUAUGAUCGAUAUGCCGAAGUGCGACGGGAGUGAUCCGCUGGGCUGGCUGUUUAAAGCUCAUGAAUACUUUACUUUUUAUGGGAUUCCGGAGGAGUCUCGUUUGUCGGCCGUAUGCCUCAUGCUUGAUGGCGCGGCUUUGGAUUGGUUUCGGUGGAAACAGCGUAAUCACCUCUUACCUUCAUGGCCUGAUUUUGUCACCAAGUUCAAACUCCGGUUUGAUCCGCUUAUCUACGUCGACUAUUUUGGGUUACUCUCUAAAGUCCGCCAAACUGGAUCGGUUCUGGAUUAUCAACAAGCUUUCGAAAAAGUCUUGGUGAAUGUCACGGGUGUUGACGAAGCUAACUUGCAAUGUUUGUUUCAUGCCGGUUUAAAAUCUCACCUCCAACAUGAGAUUAUGCUCCAGAAACCGGACUCUCUGUCGGCAUCAUUUGCUUUGGCACGUGAAUCGGAGGCCAAACACGCUACAUGGGCGUCCUCUAUCUUGUCACGGCCUACUUCGUGGGGGAAAUCCGGACAACCCAGCUCCACCCCGCCACUCUUGCCAACGCCGGGGGCCAAGCCAACCACUGCCGCGCCACCAACACAACCACCCAUUCAGCGUUUAUCACGGGCAGAUAAAUUAGAACGGGAUGCCAAAGGAUUAUGCUACAACUGUGACGAAAAGUGGACUAAAGGACACCGUUGCGGUCGCUUCCUUCUACUCAUUGAAGACGAGGACGACACGGACGACUAGCAGCCCUUGGAUGAUACGGUGCUUGCUGCUGAUGUCUCAUCUUUGAAUAGCCUGGCCGGUGUCACCACCCCCCGUUCCUUGCGAUUAUCAGGCAUGCUUUCGGAGUCUGUUGUGGAAGUUCUCAUCGACAGCGGAAGUACCCAUAACUUCAUCCAU